CUUUACAUCGAUAUCAUGUCAUGGAACAAAAAUAUGCAGCAUCUUCAUAACUCAUAGUGGUUAAAUAAUUUUGUUACUACUUAUUAUCAAAUUAUCGUAAUUUAUAAUAUAUAUUAAAAAGAUAUGGACAUCACGUUGGAUGAUAGAUUGAAUGUAUUACAACAAAUAAGUCAACGAAAACUUGUUGAAAUACUGGAUGCGAUUCCCGGAACCAAAGACUUAGUGAUAGAACAGAAACUUAUGAAAAUUUUGGACAGUUUUGUAGGAGUUUCUGUACUCAAACGUUAUGGCGUUGAAAAGAUUUAUAGAAUGGAGCAAGGCUUGAAGCUUUCAAAUUCUCAACACAUCUUUUUGGUUUCAAGUGAUUUGAUUGCUUGCAAAAGGGUACUAGAUCAGAUACAGUCAGAAAUUCCUUCAAAUAUUAAACCACAUGUACAACCAUACCAUCAUAUUCUAGUUACUCCAUCUGUACCCACUGUUCUUAAUUCAAUAAUCGAAGAAGAAGGAUUAUCUGGAUUGGUUACGUUACAGACAUUAUCUUGGGAAUUUAUUAGAUUAGAUGGGAACAUCUUAUCUUUAGAAAACUGUAUGUUUAUUGAUCUUUACUAUCACAAAGAUACUACAUUACUGCCAGCAUUAGGACGUAGCUUAUGGUCACUGCAACUUAUACUCGGUUCUCCCAAAUUAACACUUUCCUUUGGAAAGUACAGUCAGCAAAUGUUCAAAAUUAUGGAGUCAAUGAAACACUGUUUAGGCUCCUCUAAUAUAGAAAAUGAAAUAGGAGCUUUAAUUAUAAUGGACAGGAAUUAUGAUUUAGUUACGCCACUUUUAACCCCUGUAACUUACGCUGGAUUAUUACACGAAGUAGUGGAAAUAAAUGUUGGUACAGGUAUUUUGGGCAAAUCUCAAGUUAAGCUAGAUCCAGAUAAAGAUCAAAUUUACGGGGAAGUAAGAGAUACACCAUGCAGCGAAGUUUUUCCAAUUUUACAUGGGAAAGCUAAAUCUUUAAAAUUGGAACAGAAUGCGAUACAAACAAUGAAGUUAUCAGAAAUGGAAAGAUAUGUAGCAACGAGAUUACAAAAAACUAGAGAUCUAACGCGACAACUUGCUUUUCAUAUUUCUGCUUGCCAGCUGAUAGCAGACACAUUAAGUUCUGACUUUCAAACCUUGCAAAAAAUAGAGAAAUGUAUGCUUGAGUGCAGAGAGAGGAAAGAGUGUUUGGGUCAUAUUGAGAGAUAUGUAGACGAUCAUCCACUGAGAACCUUACGUUUAUUAUGUUUAUUAUCGAUUACAAGCGACGGAAUUACCCAAAAUGAACUGGACUCUAUACAAAAACUUUAUCUUCACGCUCACGGUUAUAAACACAUACCGUUAUUUUAUAAAUUGCAUAGUAUAGGUUUAUUGAAGUAUAGGUCAGAAAAUAUUUUACACAAAUUACCAAAUUGGAAUAGUGAAUGGAAUAAUAAUGCACAGAAGUUAAAGCUGUUACCCAGUUACUACAAGCAAAUGGAGCAAAAAAGCCGUUCGUGUGCAAGUUACGUAUUCAAUAAUGUUUACGUACCAUUAAUCGCUCAAAUAUUAAAUAUUGUUGUGAAUCAAGAAAAGGAUACUAAGAGUCUUGACGAAUUAAUAAAUUUAUCAAACUGCGUCAUAAGUGGCCAACGUGGUUCAUUAUUACCAAAAAUGGUAGUGAUAUGUAUCAUUGGUGGUAUUACCUAUGCCGAAAUAACUGCUUGUCGGUUUAUAGAAAAAUCGACUGGGAUUCGACUUGUACUAACCUCGGAUAAUAUAAUAACAGGUAAUAAAUUGCUGGAGAAGGUGCAAGAUAUAUGAACAUCUUAAAGAUGAUAAUAAAAAAUUUGUAACAUUUAUAUAUAAAGUAAUUAUAUGCAAAUAGUAGCAAACAUGGAAGUAUAAAUAUACACUAAAAUAGUGAUUAAUUAUUUAUAUAAUGUUAUUUUCGACAUUAUUCACAUGAGUGUGUAUACACGGUACAAUGAUAAUUCACUGUUAAACGCUCACAUAAACAAUAUUCAAUGUU